UCCCUCUCUCCUCACAGUGGACUCAGUCUUUCUCCUCGUCCAGCAGCAGCAGCAGGUGCCGUAGCAGUCACUGCAGGAUGAAAAGGUUCCUCUUUCAUGAUGUGUUCUUUGGUCCACCAGCACGACAACCAUCACCAUCACCACCACCUUCUCCCACUUUUGACACAGAAUGGAGAAAGCUGUCUUGGGGAGACAAUACCAGAGAUCUCCAGUAUGCAAGGGAUUACCAGCCUCAGCGUGAGGACGUCUCACAGCUCAGAGUCAUGCUGUACGGGCCAGUCGGGGCAGGAAAGUCCAGCUUCAUCAACUCUGUCAGCACCACCUUACGGGGAAGGAUGUCUGCCGGGGCCAUGACCGGCACGGUUCAGUCUGUUGAAGGUCAAAGUCUCACCAAAAAGUAUGAGACACAUUGGAUCAAAAGACUCGGUGGAGGUGACUAUUACAAGUUCGUCUUCAAUGACAUUAUGGGUAUCGAGGACGGAAGUGGACGUGGCGUCCACGUGAACGACAUCAAACUGGCCAUGAUGGGAAACGUGAUGGAGAAUCACAAGUUCAACCCAGUAAGUCCAUUGAGCAGUGGUGAUCCCGGCUACAACCAGUCACCGUCUCCAGAUGAUAGAAUUCAUGUCCUGGUUUGCAUCCUCUCUGCCAACGCAUCGGAGAUCCAGGACUCCGUUCUUCAAAAGAUGAGGGACGUCAGAGAGGCUGCCAACGACUUGGGUAUUCCCCAACUUCUCAUUGUCACCAAAGUGGAUGAAGCCUGUCCUGAAACUCAGAAAAGUCUGAGGAAUGUCUACAGAAGCAAGCAUGUGAAGAAAAAGAUGGCAGAGUUCAGCUCAAAAGUGGGGAUUCCCAUGAACUUCAUCCUUCCUGUGAAGAACUACAGUGAGGAAAUUUCUACCAAUCCUGAUGUUGAUACGCUGAUCCUGAGCAUCCUGAGACUGAUUAUUGACUUUGGAGACGAUUUUCUUGAAAAAUAGUGAACCUACAGACCUGUGAUCCAUGACAUCCACAGUUUAAAGAAUAUAUCCACAAACUGAUGCGCCACCAGUCCAUCACGGGACACACACACACACACACACACACACACACACACACACACACACACACACACACACACACACACACACACACACACACACACACACACACAACCUGUGGAGCCUCCAAAAACCACUGAAUAUGAAUAUUCUGAAGCUCAGAGCUUUGUUGUGCUUCAUUUGCACAGAGGACAAUUUAUUUGCCGUCAACCAUGAAAUAUUUACAUGAUUCAGUUUAUUUGAUUUUCAGUUGACCUUUGUGGUGUUUCAUUUACUUUAACUGAUGGUUGUUUUUUUUUUUUAAUUUA